AUGGGUGGUCGAGUUUCUUCUUUCAUGAAUGCAUUAUACAAUCCCAAAAGAAAACAAUUUCUUGGCAGAGAUGGAGCAGGAUGGACUAAAUUAGGUGUUUUUUAUUUCUUCUUCUACCUUGGUUUGGCUGGUUUUUUCUGUGCAAUGUUAGCUGUUUUUAUGGCAUUAUCACCACGUGAUCGACCACGAUAUUAUUUAGAAGAAUCACGUAUGGCUACUCGAUCAAAUCCACUUUCACCUGGUCUUGGCUUUCGACCUCAACCAGAAGCUGAUAAAAAUUUAAUAAUCAUUGACAAAAAUGCUCGCCCAAAUGAACCAAAUGUUUAUGCUAAAAGUCUUGAUCAAUACCUUCAAAUUUUCUAUUGGAAAGAAGAUAAGGUUGAGAAAGCAGAAAGUGAUGAUGAAGACGAUGAUCCUCGAGAAAGACCAGUACCAACUAGAAAAUUCAUCAUUAAUAAACCAGGUGAUUGUACAAAUGCUACUCAAUAUGGUUUUGCAAAAGGAAAACCAUGUGUACUUGUUAAAAUGAAUAAAAUUGUUGGCUUUAAACCAAAACCAGGUGCACCAGACGGCGAAAAAAAAUCAUAUAUUAGUAUAUGUAAAACUAACUCCACAGCAGCUAGUGCAGUCUAUGUCCAUUGUUAUGGAGAAUAUCCCGCUGACGAAGAUAAUAUUGGAAAUAUAACUUAUAUAUCAGAAAACGGUCGUGAUACUAAAUGUGGUGCACUUGAAACCUCAUGGUUUCCUUAUGAAGGUAAAAUUAAUCGUGAAGAUAAAUAUCAAGCACCAUAUAUUUGGGUUCAAUUUAAUAGUCCAAGCCCAAAUAUAUUAAUUAAUGUUGUCUGCCGUGUAUAUGGUCAAAAUAUUGAUUUUGAUAAGAAAACAGGUCGAGCUAUAACACGUUUUCAAAUUUAUGUUAAAGAUCUACCACAACAGGCAACUUCACGUCUAAAUGGAGAUAUUUAA